AAUAUUACUAAAAAUACACAGGGUAGGAAUUCUCACUUGACGCAUUCAUUUUGUUUUUGAUAAUUUCAACUGGCCUUAGAAACUUUUUUUGUAAACUUUUUUUACCCAGUAGUUUUUUUUUCAAAAAACCCAACUACUUGGGACGACUUCUACCAUCAAUAUAUAUACUGAACAGUUAAUAUACCUGAAUACUUGGAGAUUCUUUCAGUUCAUCUCGGUUUAUAAACUCUUUUUAACGUUUUUCAUAAGGAUUCUCACGGUAUUAGCUUUUUAGCAAUACUAUGAAUAUUACCGAGGAUAAGUGGCCUAUUCAUCAAUCAUCUCAAGUCCCCCCUUCUCCUCACCAUCCACACUCCGAUUUGUCUCCGCAAAUGAACGGUAUGCAAACUGAAAACUUUAUUCAAUCUUUCACAUAUGACGGUCAAGCACCUCAAGGUCAAAUUCAUCAACAAAUGCCUGUCCAUGACGGUAACAACGGUGCAAUGUUCAUACCACCAAAACAAGAGAUUGAUACGACGCCAAAUAGAUCGCAAAGCCAAUAUCAAAAUUUUGUUUCAAUGUCUGCUCCUGUGACUCCUACUACUCCCCGUCAGAAUACUUCUCCAAAUGGUACACCUAUAACACCUGUUUCCGCACCACCAGAACGUAAAAAUGAUAACAGGCCAACGUUUACAACAAACUCAUUUCACGCCACACCAUUUCAACAACAAGCUAUUAGGAAACGUAGAGACAACUCAUUAGGGUUUCCUCCAGAUGCUGGUCCAUUCUUCUCCCAAACACAACAGCAUUAUAAUUUGUAUAAUAUGGAUAGAACUAAUAGUUAUAAACUUCGUAUCAAUUCAAAAGUUGACCGUGGAUUCUUCUUGGCUGAAAAUGAUUGGACGUGUUAUCGAAGAAAUUAUUUCCAAAUUAGUAGUGCGUUUUCUUUAACAGGAACAAAUCAUCCUGUUAAUGAACCGGAAAUACCGUGUUUGAUAGAAGUAGAAGGUCAAUUUCAUACAGUUACUCAAUUCACGUUAGGAAUUUCUGCUCGUGUUUCCAACAGCGAUAAAAAAAUCGAGUUGGUGCAACAUACUCCGAAACGCGACAAAGGGCCACAGAUGACUCCUACACCAAAACCUAUUCGAGCGGGUGGUAACCUAAAUCUUAGUUCUGUGGGAGCAAAUACAAAUAUUGUUACUUUUGAACGUAUUCAGUUUAAAACAGCUACUGCAAAUAAUGGUAAACGUCGUGCUGCUCAACAAUAUUAUGUAGUUAUGGUAGACUUAUAUGGCCAUGUUGAAAAUGGUGAACCUUAUAGAGUCGCGACAGCAACAUCAGCGCCCUUGGUAGUUCGUGGGCGUAGUCCCGGACAUUAUGCUGAUAGUCACGAGCGCUUUAAUCCGAUUGGAAUGCAUCCAGCAUUUCCCAACGAUAAUCGUCAACAUAUUACUUUUCCUGGACCAAAUGGUGCUCCCGGUAUGAUGCCACCUGAUUUCAAUGGUGCUCCUUUCCCGGGACCUUAUGGCCAGUAUCCUCCAUUCCAAGGAUAUCCCCCUAACGGUCCAAUGCGCAAUGAUGCUAUAUCCUUAAUGAUGUCGACUGGCGCGCCAAAUCCUACAGCUUCUCACUAUCCCCCACAACAUCCUCCACAUUAUAUGGUUCAAAAUAUUCCAGAAACGGGAGAAACUCCCAAUCCAGAAAUGUAUAAUAAUAAUAUGGACCCAAAUAACUUAGAAGUAUCUACAUCAGCGGCACCUACAACAUUUACAAAUUUUGAGGCACGAUCGUCAGCUUCAAAUUCUCCUGCAGCGAGUGGUGCAAAACCAUAUAUGAAAAUCGAGAUUCCGCAAUCAUCUCAUCAUACGAAUCAUCCACUCACAUCUCCAGUUUUUCAUUCUCAGGAGUAUGUGGAAAGUUUUGGAAUGUAUAACAACAACAAUGCACAUGCAACUACCACACAUAGUGGAGGUUAUCAUUCAGAUAAUGAACGCAAUGGAUCAAAUAAACAAAAGGAUGAUACUGAACAAAAUUCUGAGAAUGCUCAACAAAACCAAUCUAGUUCACAGGUAAAUGGUGGUGAUAAGAAUAUCCAAACCAACAAUACAAGUAUGAAUGAUAGAGAUUCUAAGUCACCUGUAUCAAUGAAUGGAGAAAAUACCGCAAAGUCCAAUGCAAGAUCAAAAUAAUUGUAACGAGAGGAUGGAUGAAGAUAAAAUGACAUAAAAAGAAUGAGUAUAUGAGUAUAUUGAAUAGUGAUUUGCUUACUUAUCUUUAUCUCGAUUCUUUAAGAUCUAGAGUGAUUAUAUCUUACUAUUUCUUUUUUUUUUUUU